AUGGCUGCCCACCAGAGAAUCGCCAUUGUGUCGGUCUACGACAAGACCGGCCUCCUCGACCUGGCCAAGGGCCUCGUCCAGCACAAUGUCCGUAUCCUCGCCUCUGGCGGUACCGCCAAGAUGAUCAGGGAGUCUGGCUUCCCUGUCGAGGAUAUCUCGGCCAUCACAAAGGCCCCCGAGAUGCUGGGUGGUCGCGUCAAGACCCUCCACCCCGCUGUCCACGCCGGUAUCCUCGCCCGCGAGCUCGCCUCCGACGAGAAGGACCUCGCUGAGCAGAACAUCGACAAGGUUGACUAUGUCAUCUGCAACCUUUACCCCUUCAAGGAUACUGUGGCCAAGAUCAACGUCACCGUUCCCGAGGCCGUCGAGGAGAUCGAUAUUGGCGGUGUCACCCUUAUCCGCGCCGCCGCCAAGAACCACGCUCGUGUCACCAUCCUGAGCGACCCCAACGACUACGCCGAGUUCCUCAAGGAGCUCGAGUCUGGCGAGAUCAAGGACUCCAGCCGUCAGCUCUAUGCCCUCAAGGCCUUCGAGCACACCGCCGACUACGAUGCUGCCAUCUCCGACUUCUUCCGCAAGCAGUAUGCUGGCCAGGGUCUCCAGUACCUCCCUCUCCGUUAUGGUGCCAACCCCCACCAGAAGCCUGCUGCUGCCUACGUCAAGGAGGGCAAGCUUCCCUUCACCGUUGUCAACGGUGCCCCCGGCUACAUCAACCUCCUCGAUGCCCUCAACGCCUGGCCCCUCGUCAAGGAGCUCAAGAAGGCUCUCGGCAAGCCUGCCGCCGCCAGCUUCAAGCACGUCUCUCCCGCCGGUGCUGCCAUUGGCCUUGAGUUGACUGCCGAUGAGCGCAAGGUCUACAUGGUCGAUGAUAUCCCCGGUAUCGAGACCUCUCCCCUUGCCCAGGCCUAUGCCCGCGCCCGUGGUGCCGAUCGCAUGAGCAGCUUCGGUGACAUGAUUGCUCUCAGCGACGUUGUCGAUGUCCCUACUGCUACCAUCAUUAGCAAGGAGGUUUCGGAUGGUGUUAUCGCGCCCGGCUUUGAGCCCGCCGCCAUUGAGAUUCUCAAGAAGAAGAAGGGUGGUCGUUACCUCGUGCUCCAGGUUGACCCUGAGUUCGAGCCCAGCAAGAGCGAGACCCGCACCGUCUUCGGUGUCACUCUCGCCCAGGGUCGCAACGAUGUUGAGAUCUCUCCCGAGACCUUCUCCACCAUCAUCACUCCCAAGGAUGGCACUCUCCCCGAGAACGCCCAGCGCGAUCUCACCAUCGCCACCAUUGUCGCCAAGUAUACUCAGAGCAACUCGGUCUGCUACGCUGCUAGAGGCCAGGUAGUUGGCUUGGGUGCCGGUCAGCAGUCCAGAAUUCACUGCACUCGCCUUGCUGGUGACAAGGCCGACAACUGGUGGUUGCGCUUCAACCCCCGCGUCAUUGGCAUCAAGUGGAAGAAGGGUGCCAAGCGCCCCGACAAGAGCAAUGCCAUCGAUCUUCUCGUCAGCGGUCAGCUCCCUAAGGACGGUCCUGAGCGCGAGCAGUUCGAGGCUUUCUUCGAGGAGGUCCCUGCUGCUUUCACCGAGCAGGAGAAGAACGAGUGGAUGUCCAAGCUCACCGAUGUCUGCGUCUCCUCUGACGCUUUCUUCCCCUUCAUCGACAAUGUCUACCGCGCCGCUCGCUCCGGCGUCAAGUACAUUGCCGCCCCCAGCGGUAGCCAGAACGACGGUCCCGUCUUCGAGACCGCCGAGAAGCUCGGCAUCACCUUCGUCGAGCAGAACACCCGUCUGUUCCACCACUAA